AAAUUAAAGGUAAAUUAGUGGUGCAUUAUUGGGUGUUCGAUUAAAGGAGAAAUUUCAAAAAUUGACAAGAAACAAUGCCAGUACCACAUUAUCAAGGCGUUGCUGGACAUCCACAAGUAUCAUGUUGGCAAAAAAUGAAAAUGGGCUUACUUAUGGGAGUAUUUAUUGGCUGUGCAUCAGGUGCUAUUAUCGGAACUGCUAGUGCGUUUAGCAUGGGUUUCCGAGGACGUGCAAUGAUGGCACAGGUUGGACGAUAUUCUACAAAAAUGGGUGGUUCAUUUGCGAUAUUCAUGAUGAUUGCGCAAGGAUUACGUUGCUGACAAAUGCGUUCUUUUUUCUUUUUACAUCAAUAGCAAUAAUUUAUGCAGGCAAUUAGUGAAAAAUUUCGAUGAAUUUGAUGUUGGUUAUCUGAUUUCAUAAAAGAAACAUUUUCUUUAGAAUGCUCCACCUUGUAAUUUGAAUUCAUUUUUUUUUCAUUAUGAGAUCUGAUCUUUAUUAUUUUAUUAGGAAUCUUUUCUGGCCACUUUUUACUUAUACCUAUUACACUUUGUUGGAAGUAUUCGAAAAUUUUAUGCUGAUUACUAAUUAUUAUCACAGUUAUGAUUGAUAAAUAAUAUUCUCCCUGCUUUCUCCCCUCCCUAGAAGUAAUUUAAAGGCG